CACCCGUCCCAACUAGUUUAUCUUGUGACCGCGGCGGCCACUUUUUUUCGAGCUUGGCUCCUCCGUGUCUGCAAUGGGUUUCCUGGCUGCAGCGAUCCUGCUCCUGGCAUUCAUCGCUACCGCCCAGGCCGAGCCGGUGCAGUUUAAGGACUGCGGUUCUAAGGUUGGAGUUAUAAAAGAGGUAAAUGUGAGCCCAUGCCCCACCCAACCCUGUGAAUUGGAGAAAGGACAAUCCUACAGUGUCAAUGUCACCUUCACUAGCAGUACGGAAUCUGAAAAUAGCACAGCCUUGGUGCAUGGCAUCCUGAUGGGUGUGGCAGUCCCCUUUCCCAUUCCUGAGCCUGAUGGUUGUAAGAGUGGAAUCAACUGUCCCAUCCAAAAGGACAAGACCUAUAGCUACCUGAAUAAACUGCCAGUGAAGAGUGAAUACCCCUCUAUAAAACUGGUAGUAAAGUGGGAACUUCAGGAUGACAGACAACAACGGCUCUUCUGCUGGGAAAUCCCAAUACAGAUCAAAGGCUAGAGCUAUUUGAUGCUGAUUUGUCUAUGUGGAGGUUCCUCCUCUAUAAGUGCCUCACUGAGUCUAGUGCAUGUGGACAGAAGUCUGCUGGCUCUGGACAGCACCUCCAGCUGUGUCGCCUCAACAGUAGUGACCUGUUCUCUACUGAAAUCCAGAGAUUCACAGGAGAGGGAGGACAUGUUCUACAGCAGAAAUUCAGCUGUGGAUGACUGGUUCUCCAUGGUUCUCAAGUCUUUUGUUCUAUCUUAGGUGGUUUUCAUUAAAGGCAACAGUUGGUUAGCAGAUGUUUGAUUUUUUUUUUAAACAAUAUUAACUGUAUCCUCUUUCUGUACCUGGAGAUGAACCUUUGUAUAAAUAAAAACUUGUCAGUAUUCUGCA